AUGUCCACCAAAGUAAUGGGCAACCGGGAACUGCCUACUCCGAAGCAGAACAUGAUAAACUUCGUCAUCAAACAGACGAGACAAGCUCAACAGCCAAAGAAGCCUAAGCGUACCACUGAGGACUACCGGGUUAUGGGACAAGAGCUCAGCACCAAAUCUCAGAAACCCAAGGAUGCCGAAGCCACGAAAGAGAAUGUCCGAGGCAUCUGGCGCAAGUGGUCCAGGUUCUGCGCUUUUCAGGGUGUGGAAGACGUGCGAGGAGCUAUUCAACAAUGUGAUAAACAGAUGACUAUGUUGUUCCUAUGCUUCAUCUGCGAGAAUUAUAAGGUUAAGGCAUUUAACUCUGUCCAUCAGUAUCUGCUGCAGUUCAAACAACUCUAUAAUCGGAUCAAUGGGCGUCAUAUGGAUACAAACGAUGCAAAAGAGGUGUUUAAGUAUCUAGAUACAACCUUGGCCGACGAAUUCAAACUCAGACGGACGAUGAAGGCCAAACCAGUGUUGGGAGCAGACGAUAUCCUUCUCCUCCUCACUCACCUCUGGGCUCGGGAUACUUCUAUAUUUCCGACUGAGGACCAACGGUUAACGUACGCAACUAUAAUGCUCCUGUCUAUCUAUACAGGCUGUCGACCUGUUGAGCUGGUUGACGCCUCAAAGGGUGCAGGGGGAAAGACUACCUCUCGCAAACAUCCACAUACAGAAGUCUGGGAUGCCGAUAAUGACUUGGAUGAAGAUGGGACUCCGAGGACUCGAGUGAGUUCCCAGGAGUCCACUAGGCACGUGAUGGACUCGCAGGAUGAUGAGAAGAGUCCUAAGAGUCCAGGACUCCGAGGACUCGACACGACUUUCCUCUUUCAUGAAGAAGCUCUUCCCAUACUAUGCCCUAUCAGCCAUGUCUUGGCUAUCGAAAUAAAGGAUGGUACAAUGGAGGUUGAAGGCUCGUCGCAUGCAGAGCCUUUAUUUACAAGUAAUCUGCAGCACCCUACGAAAGCCGUAUUGAUUCACUGGAAGCCAGAGAUGCUUAAAAGGCCUAUAUUUCGUCAGGCGGUGCGCUCGUGCGAUUUGUUCCGUACGUCGGAGUGGAAGGCUCUACGCUACUCGACCUACGCUUACUACCUUGAUCGUCUCGGCUGGGCGACUGGUUUUGAGCAGAAGUUGAUGAGCUACUGUUUUUGCAGAGGCACAGGAAAUGCUGUUAACGGGGCUGCGACGACAGCAGUUCGCGACCAGAUACUAAGGCACAAUCCCCAGACUGGCGUAUUCUCUGGAUCAUACAUCAAUGAGAAAGUCAGAUUCAUCGUUCAAGAUGCAGUGCUAGACCAGCCUACUGACUCUGGCUUUCUCUGGGCCUUCACACACAUGAGUCUCACUUGUGAUCCCCGCGCGACGAUGUUCGCGAUGACCUCCCGCCCAAUCCAGAGCUGGUGCAGCUAA